AUGCAAAGACCUGUACACAACAGCACCUUCCAAUCAAACAUUCCAUUGGCUGCUGACAUCUCGUUUGGCGUGAUCUAUUCUAUAUUUGGCAUGUGCUCACUCUGUGGGAACAGCAUGCUGCUCUAUGUGUCUUAUCAGCGAAAGCAUCAGUUGAAGCCGGCUGAGUUCUUUAUCAUUAACCUGGCUGUCAGUGAUCUGGGCAUGACCAUCAGUCUCUACCCAUUAGCUGUCACAUCAAGCUUCCAGCACAGGUGGCUGUAUGGGAAGACAGUGUGUAUAGUGUAUGCCUUCUGUGGUGUUCUAUUUGGUAUUUGCUCUCUCACCACUCUUACGAUACUCAGUACUGUCUGCUGUCUUAAAGUGUGUUAUCCUAUCUAUGGUAACAGGAUUGGCUUUGAACAUGGCCGUGUGUUAAUAGCCUGUGCAUGGGGGUAUGCACUGCUGUUCGCCUGUUCUCCGCUGGCUCACUGGGGUCAGUACGGUCCAGAGCCCUACGGCACCGCCUGCUGUAUCGACUGGGUCUGGUCUAACAAGGAUCCGGUCGCCCGCUCCUACACCAUAACACUCUUCAUCUGCUGCUACCUGCUGCCCUGCACCAUCAUUGUGCUUUCUUACACGCAUAUCCUGCUCACUGUGAGAGGGUCACGCAGAGCUGUGAAGCAGCACAUCUCAGGGCGAGUGACCAACGUCCAGACCAUCAUAGUGAAGCUCAGUGUGGCCGUAUGUAUAGGAUUCAUUGCAGCAUGGAGUCCAUACGCUUUUGUCUCUAUAUGGGCAGCAUUUGGCGAUCCAGAGAAAAUCCCUCCACUGGCGUUUGCUCUUUCUGCCAUGUUGUCCAAAUCCUCCACUAUCUACAACCCCCUCAUUUAUCUUUUGCUCAAGCCCAACUUUCGGCAGCUCCUCUGUAAGGACAUGCACUCCCUGUGGCAGGUCUGCAGGCACUCUGGGUGUGAGCCACGUUCAGCCCCGGUCAUGGGGCUGCACUCGCUAAGGCCACAGAGCCAGUGCAUGGCAAGGUGGACGGACUGGUCCAAAAGAGUAGGUAGGUGGUGUAAUGACCCGUUUGAGCAGUUCAAACUCUACCCGCGCAGCUGCCCCGUCACAAUCAGCACAGUGCAGUUCUCACUGCAUGAAAUCACCGAGCCGGAGCUGGAUCCCGAGAUAGAAUCAAAAGUGAAGCUAGAAAAGGAUCAAGGGCUCAGUUUAACCACAGCUAGCCAGUUGAAAAGAACAGUAAUUAUUUUGUUUUUGGGGAAGUUUCAAAUUUCAGAACUACAAAGUGUACACCUCAGUAAUCUGAUUAAACCCGACUUUGCAUAA